AUGGUGGACGCCGUGGUGCGGGCAUUUGCAGAGCACAUCGGCCUCAGCAGCGUGGAUUAUACGAAGUUUCAGAACCUACAGCGGGUCUUCUGCCAGACAAACUUGGAGGUGCAGGGCAUCCACGACGUGCGCUGGCUCUCCCGUGGUGAGGCGGUGCAGCGGCUGCUUGACGUACACCCUGCAGCCAUAGUGGUGAUGAAGGAGUACAAGAAGGAGCUGUACGAGGUGGUAACCUCGUUCAAGUUCCACUGGCUCAUCCGCUUCCUUGCGGAUGUGCUGUGGGAACUGAACCAACUCAAUCAGCGCUUUCAGCAAUGCCAGAUUGACGUCACCCUCGUGGCGCACAUCGUACAACAAACGAGGAUGCGCCUGAAAAUACGCUACUUCGACAGAUCACCUGGUCAUAGUUUUGGCAGCGGUGAGAAGAUGCAGCUGCCUGACUUCAUCAAGUCACACCAGAAGCUGGAGAACCAAGAGGUGAAGGCGGAAGGUGUUGAUGGGGACGGCAACCCCGUCUGCACGAGCGACCACUGCCUGACUACGAGACGGACGACGAUGUGA